UGUUAGUAUAGAAAUUUUAAAAGGAAAAAUUUCUAAACUUCCUGUUAAAAAAUCAACCUCGAUGUCAAAUUUGAGGCGGGGCGGGAAGCACGUAGCCCCGCCCGGGAAGGUAUUUGAACAUCAUCCUUUCCGUCGUGGCUCCUAUGCAUGACUAUGGCGUAUUUCAGCUACAGAGCCUUUCUGAGGGAUGGCUUCUCGAAGAUCACCGAUGAAUCCCUCGGAAGAGCUCUCCACGCCCUCUGCCUGAAGGGUCUCUUCUAUCUCAGCACAUUACACACCAACACCCUCAUCUACUUCUACUCCAGGCUUGGCCGCACUGACCUCGCCCGCUAUCUGUUCGAUCGAAUGCCCGACAGAAACCAGGCCUCAUGGAACACCAUCAUAUCGGGUUACGUUCAGGCGGGGCUAUUCACCGAAGCAUUCAUGUUCUUUGACCACCACCGUGCCUGCAGUCUCUCCCCCAAUGGGUUCGUCCUUGCAAGCUUGAUCACGGGCUGCGAUCGUUCUGGCCGUAUGCUUGAGGAAGGUGCCCAACUGCAUGGUCUCGCUGCUAAGAUUGGCUUGACGUGUGAUGUCUUUGUGGGCACUUCCAUUCUGCAUUUCUAUGGCGCAUACGGGCUCAUUUCUCUUGCGAGGAAGUUCUUCGAUGAGAUGCCCCACAGAAAUGUGGUAUCUUGGACUUCGUUGAUGGUCGGGUACUUGAACUCUGGCCAGCCUUCCGGGGUGGUCGAGUUAUACAGGUGUAUGAGGCGCGAGGGAGUGAUUUGCAAUGAGAAUACAUUUGCUACACUGGUCAGCUCUUGUAGCUCGCUAGAGAACGACAUAACUGGUCGUCAAGUCCUUGGGCACAUUAUGAAAUCGGGGCUUGAAAGGUAUACGUCUGUUGCUAACUCUCUCAUCUCAAUGUUUGGUAGCUUCGGUGGCAUUAGAGAAGCCCGUUACAUCUUCAAUCAUGUUAUCGAGCGUGAUACAAUCUCGUGGAAUGCGAUAAUUUCUGCUAAUGUAAGCAAUGGGCAUUAUAAGGAAUCUCUUAGCCUCUUCCAUCAAAUGCGUUUCUCUCAUGAAAACCUCAAUCCUACCACUCUUUCUACCUUGUUAACUGCAUCAGGCUCUCCUGAUGGGUUGAAGUGGGGCAAAGGGAUUCAAAGUCUACUGGUAAAAUCUGGAUUGAGCUCAAAUAUUUGUGCACGCAACACUCUGUUGAGUAUGUACUCUGAGGCCGGAAUGUUUGAGGAUGCAGAAUUAGCGUUCCAUGAAAUGCCGGAGAGGGAUUUGAUAUCUUGGAAUUCCAUGAUUGCUUGUUAUGUUCUUGAAGGCAGAUGCCUGAAUGCCUUGGAGCUCUUCUGUGAGAUGCUUUUCAUGGGAAGAGAGAUGAACUAUGUCACCUUCACGAGUGCUUUAAGUGCUUGCUCAGGUCCAAAGUUCCUGAUUCAAGGUAAGAUCAUUCAUGCGCUUGUAAUCCUCGUGGGGUUACAGGAUAGCUUGAUCAUCAACAAUGCAUUAAUUACCAUGUACGGGAAGCUUCAACUGAUGUCUGAAGCUAGGAGGGUAUUCCAGAAAGCACCUAAGCAUGAUAUUGUGACUUGGAAUGCACUUAUUGGGGGUCAUGCUGAGAAUAAGGAAUGUGAGGAUGCGAUGAAAGCGCUUAAGCUACUGAGAGAAGAAGGGCUUGUUGAGAACUAUAUCACCAUAGUGGGUGUUCUCGGUGCUUGCUUGACUUCCAAUGAUUUGAUGACACGAGGAAUGCCUAUUCACGCUCAUGCUGUGGUAAUCGGGUUCGAAUCAGAUAAUUAUGUACAGAACUCGCUUAUCUCGAUGUAUGUCAGAUGUGGGGACCACAGUUCGGGUGACCGCAUCUUCCAUGCCAUGGAUGCUAGAGAUUCCAUCACAUGGAAUGCGAUCAUCUCUGCUAGCGCUCAUCAUGGGCAUUCUGAGGAAGCGCUAAAACUUUUCAGGGCAAUGAUAGCCUCUGGAGUUGAAAAGCUAGAUAAUUUCAGCUUUUCAGGGGGGCUUGCUGCAGCUGCGAAUCUUGCCGUGCUAGAGGAGGGUCGAGAACUUCAUGCUCUGGUCACGAAGCUUGGGUUUGAAGCCGAUCUUUACGUUAUAAAUGCGAUGAUGGACAUGUAUGCAAAGUGCGGGGAAAUGGACUGUGUGAUGAAUAUUCUUCCCAAACCGAUGGAACGGUCACGAAUGUCUUGGAAUGUUCUCAUAUCAGCUUUCGCGAGACACGGGUGCUUCGAGGAGGCAAGGAAAGCCUUUCACGAGAUGGUAGAGCUUGGGUUGAAGCCUGAUCAUGUCACCUUCGUGUCUUUGCUUUCUGCUUGCAGCCAUGGUGGUUUAGUAGACGAGGGCCUUCAGUACUACGAUUCCAUGGAAAAGGACUUUGAGGUCUCACCAGGAAUAGAGCACUGUGUAUGCAAGGUUGAUCUUCUCGGUCGAUCAGGAAGGUUCACUGAGGCUGAAGCUUUUAUAGAGAAAAUGCCUGUUAUGCCCACCGACCAUAUAUGGAGAAGCUUAUUAUCUGCGUGUAAAGUCCACGGCAAUUUGGAGCUCGGGAGAAGGGCGGCAGAACAGCUUUUCGUGCUGGACCCAUCAGAUGACUCAGCAUACGUUUUAUACUCAAAUAUCUGUGCUACAUCAAGAAGAUGGGAAGAUGUGGAGAGCGUGAGGAGGCGAAUGGGGUCAAUAAGGAAGAAACCUGCAUGCAGCUGGGUGAAGCUGAAAGACUCGGUGAGUUCAUUCGGUAUGGGAGACAAGUCCCAUCCACAAAUGGAGCAAAUACAAGGAAAGUUGGAGGAGCUCAAGAGGAUGAUCAAAGAAGCUGGUUAUGUUCCUGAUACGAGCUUCGCUCUGCAGGAUACAGACGAAGAGCAGAAGGAGCACAAUCUGUGGAAUCAUAGCGAGAGGCUUGCUCUUGCAUACGGUCUGAUGAACAUUCCUGAGAGAUCGACUAUUCGGGUGUUCAAGAACCUCCGAGUUUGCAGCGACUGCCACUCUGUUUACAAGUUCGUGAGCAAGAUUGUCAAUCGAAGAAUUGUUCUUAGAGAUGCAUAUCGAUUUCAUCAUUUUGAGGACGGCCGAUGCUCGUGCUAUGACUACUGGUAGAAAUCAUUUGUCCUUUUCUGCCUUCUGAUACGGUUGGUGCAGAAUCAAGUCAAAGGGAAUCCAAAAAAUAGUUCCGUGCAACAAAUAUGAAAAUGGAGUGGAUUCUUUUGUCCUUAUUCACUCCAGUGGCUUUGACUGACUUUGUCCCCAUUGAAUCCGCUACACAUGUACAAUAUGUGCCACAUACAGGGCCCGACAAGUUCAUAGAUUGAAAAUACUAAUAUUUGUCAUGGUUUACACUCUGAGGUGGCUGCUCUGAAACACUUGAAUACAUUGAAAAUCUUGAAAUACAAGUAUUUCUAUCCCAGUAAGUGUUUUGGAGCUAGCAGUGCUGUCUAAUACUGAAACUGUAUUUGGUGUUCCCUUGCUGGAUCACAGUUGCCUGGGCAUGAGUUAUUCUAGCUGCUCCUGGAGUUCGGCGAGGAAAAGGUUCUAGUGGAGCAAAAGAGAACAGAGCAGUAUAUCUCGAGAAACAGUGAAUUCUACCACUUGCCAUGGAACAGCAAGGGUGGUUAUAUACGUCAUCCAACCAUGUUUUCUUUCGCAGGCAAGAGAAGCCCUUGAGUAGAUGAACAAAAAGACUAGAAGGGUGUAACAAAGUAUGAAAUUCUGCAAGCUUUAUACUAUACAAACGCUGCAUGCAACAUGAUAUAUCAGAAGGAAGUAGGUAAGAAGGGAUCACAAUCGAGGAGGGGAUUCAAUUGAUUGAAUUCUUGUGGAAGAAAAUAUUUGUUAGGUGAGGUAUCCCUCUAGUCAUUGGAAUUCAAUUCACGUGUCUCCUUGGUGGAAAUGGCUAAGGUUGUGGAUAGCUUGCUGGCUUGACUCGAUCCAGGAUAAGUCGGAGCUAGUAUCAUUGAAGGUCUGUGGAGUAUUAAGGAUGACUAUUUAUAUGUAAUUGAUUGAUCUACUAUUGUGUCUUGAUUUCAUACGCUAUGAUGGUGUGCAAGGCUUAUUUCCGGUAACUUGUAAGAUAAAACGGGAUAGCAUGAAAUGAGGUCAACUUCGUCUUGGUUCGAUGGAGGUGCUUAUAUGUUCAUAGCUUCUGAAUUGGGUAGAUAUCUCCCUUAUCUAGAAUAUUAAUUAGCCUUCUUUUGGCAUGAGAGUCAAUAAGAAAUUAACUUGCAGAGAGUCAA